CCUUACCCACCUAAGUACCCUAGCCUACACAAUUAAUUCUACAACUGGGAGCUGGCUAAUGGAAGUUGAACGAACAAGUUGUCCUGGGUUAUCUCCAACAACAAUUAGACGAAUAAUGGUUUUCUUCCAUAAUUCCAGAGUCUCUGUUUUGCUGUUAUUAUUCACAGCCUGCGCUAUCAUCAUCCCCACCAAUUCCCAGCAGCCAAUCUACAACUCUCACGUUUGUCUAUAUCCCUAUAAUGAAACAUCCAACGAUUCUUACAGAUCAAACCUCACAACCCUUUUGGGUUCUUUAUCGGACAAAGCUUCCCAAAACAUUAGCUUCUACAACGACACUUUUAACGGCAUCUACGGCCUCUUCCUCUGCCGAGGUGAUGUUUCUAAUGAUACCUGUCAAAUCUGUGUCAGGUAUGCGAGUCAAAACAUCGCAAGCCGAUGUUCAUCCAACAGAAGUGCGAUCAUCUGGUUCGAUGAAUGCAUGUUAAGGUACUCCAACAUUAAUUUCUUUGGAAAGGAAGAGACGUUGCCGGGGUUGUUGAUGUGGAAUGUCGAGAAUCAAACUUCAACCGAGGAAACGAAUUUUGGAACAUUAUCGCUGAUGUAUGGACUGAUGGAGGAAGCUUCAGUAACUGAUCUGUUGUUCAAGGCUGAUAGUCGGCCAGGGGGUAAUGGGUCUGAGAUUGGAUAUGGGUUAGUGCAGUGUACCAGAGAUAUCAGUGUCAGUUCAUGCAAAGAUUGUUUUGAUGUGUUGAUGAAGGAAGCCGAUAAUUGUUGCAAAGUGAAGAAAGGGUGGCGAAUUUUAGCCCCGAGUUGCAAUAUAAGAUUCGAGAAAUACUCUUUCUUUGUUCAGCAACCAUCAGUGACAGUGCCGUCCCAACCCGUGCCUGGUAAAGGAAAGGGAGGAAAGAAUACAACAAAGAUAGUAAUCAUUAGUAUAUCUUCAAUCGCAGUCGUAGCAGCUCUUUUGGGUUUGUGGUAUUAUUUAUCCUGUGCCAGAAGGAAAAGACAAGAAGAGGGAGAGAUGAGCGAUACAAUCCUUCUUCAAAACUGGAAAGGUUCACCGUCUGUACACACAAUGGAUAGAAAUAUGCAUGCCGGGGAUCACGACAGCAGUGGAGAAAUGCAUUACUACAGUUUGGAUACUAUACAGACUGCUACGGGCAAUUUCUCUGAUGCAAAUAAGCUUGGAGAAGGUGGUUUUGGCCCAGUUUACAAGGGACAGCUGAGUAGUGGAAAGGAAAUUGCAGUUAAAAGACUUUCCAUGAAAUCUAAACAAGGUCUGGAAGAGUUCAAGAAUGAAGUAAUGUUUAUCGUGAAACUCCAACACAGAAAUCUAGUGAGACUCUUGGGCUGCUGCUUGGAAGGAGAUGAAAAGCUUCUAGUCUAUGAGUACAUGGCCAAUACCAGUCUUGAUGCCUUCCUAUUUGAUCCAAAAAAAUGCAGAGAACUAGACUGGGAUCGGCGUAUAAACAUAGUCAAUGGGAUUGCAAGGGGCCUUCUAUAUCUACACGAGGACUCCCGGCUCAAAAUCAUCCAUAGGGAUUUGAAAGCAAGCAAUGUGCUGUUAGAUGAUGAGAUGAACCCAAAGAUAUCAGAUUUUGGCACAGCUAGGAUGUUCGGUGGCAAUCAAAUAGAAGCCAACACUAACAGAGUCGUCGGGACAUACGGAUACAUGGCGCCAGAAUAUGCAAUGGAGGGACUAUUUUCAAUAAAGUCCGAUGUUUACAGCUUUGGAGUUAUGAUGCUUGAAAUCGUGAGUGGGACAAAGAACAACAGUGGAUUCUAUCAUCCAGAACGUGCACAAAGCCUUCUGUCACAUACCUGGCAGCUAUGGAAUGAAGGAAAAGGAGAGGAGUUGAUUGAUCAGACAUUAGUGGGCACUUGUCCAGUAACCGAGGCUCUGAGAUUGAUCCAUAUCUCAUUGCUGUGUGUUCAGGAAGAUCCUAAUGUCAGGCCUCCCAUGUCAAUGGUUGUUCUUAUGCUUGGGAGCAAAACGAUAAACCUUCCUCCGCCAUCUGCACCUCCAUUCACCAUAGGUAGACUUUUGACGUCUGAUCAAUCUUCAACCACUGCUACCGGAACAGGAAUUUCCAUAUCUGAUCAAUCUUCAACAGGCCCUCCUACUGUUCUACCGAGUCAAGAGAUCAUUAGCUGGAGCACCGCUUGUCCAACUACUUGAAAAGACUAUUGUUUACGUUUGAUCACAUGUAUUAAUUUUUUCUUACCAGCCUUGCAGGCGAUGCUUCACUUUCAUGCAAAUGCUGUGGGUUAGGGAGUAACAGUACAUCUAUAAAUUCCAUACGUUUGUGUUCUUGUACAAGUUCUUGCAUGUCGAUGUAUUUGCAAACACAUGAAUUUAAUUGAAUUUGUGCAAA